UCACGAAGGGAUGGGGGACACGGGCAGGUGGGAGAGGGAAGGAGGGAUGCCAGCAGAACACUCUGGAGCACAAACCCCAUGCUGGGGGUCCCUGGGGCCAGGCCCCGGCCUCCUCCUGGGCGUGGCAAUCCCUGUGGGACACUCAGGGUGAUUCCCGCUCCUAGGUGCGCCAUGGUGGAGGUGACGGUGACGCCGCAGGCCUCGCUGGCCGACCGGCCGGUGCAGAUCCGGGUGCGGGGGCUGUCCCCGUCCCAGCUCGUCACCCUGCGGGCAUGGCUGAAGGACGAGCAGGGCGACUGCUUCCAAUCCCGCGCCUUUUUCCGCGCCGACGGAGCGGGAGAGGUGGAUCCCGGGCUCCACGCCGCCCUGGGGGGCAGCUACUCCGGGGUUUGGCCCAUGGGGCUCUUCUGGUUCCUGCAGCCCGACAGCCUUUUCCGACGGCUGGUCAAGCGGGAUGUGGCCGGCAGCCCCUUCCGCGUCCGGCUGGAAGUGUUCGACGGGCUCUGCCUGGGCGCGGAUCCCCGGGAGCAGCCGCUGGGAUCCUGCGAGGCCGAGCGGUGGUACGUGGGGCCCGGAGUGCAGCGGGUGCCCGUCCGCGAGGGAAGGGUCCGUGGAGCCCUAUUCCUGCCGCCUGGUCCGGGCCCCUUCCCUGGGAUCAUCGACCUGUUUGGGGGUGCGGGGGGGCUGAUUGAGUUCCGGGCGGGGCUCUUGGCCAGCCGGGGCUUUGCCGUGCUGGCCCUCGCCUUCUUCGCCUACGACGACCUGCCCCGAGUCCUGGCCCAGCUGGACCUGGAGUAUUUUGAGGAGGCUGCCGAGCUGCUCCUCCAGCAUCCCAAGGUCCGAGGCCCCGGCCUGGGCGUGGUGGGCGUCUCCAAGGGUGCGGAGGUGGCCUUGGCCAUGGCCACCUUCCUGCCGCAGGUGGUGGCCACGGUGUGGAUCAACGGCACGGCCUUCAUGCACGGCAACCCGCUGGUCUACAAGGAGCUGCGCAUCCCUCCCAUUCCCUACUACACCGAGCGCGUCCUGUUCACCGAGCUGGGAGCCAUGGACAACUCGGCCAUCUUCGCCGACCCCCGGGAUCCCGCCUACCGCGCCUCGGCCAUCCCGGUGGAGAAGAUCCGGGGAAAGGUACUGUUUGUGGUGGGAGAGGCCGACCGCAGCUUCAACAGCAAGCUCUUCGCCGAGCUGGCCCUGGCGCGGAUGCCGCCGGAGAGCGGCAGGAUCCUGUCCUACCCCGGCGCCGGGCACCUGAUCGAGCCCCCCGGAUCCCCCCUGUGCAGCAACUCCAGCAUCCGGGGCACUCCCAGGCCCCUGGCGUGGGGGGGAGAGCCCCAGCCCCACGCCCGGGCCCAGGAACAUUCCUGGCAGGAGAUCCUGAAGUUCUUGGAGCUCCACCUGGGGUCGGUCGCCGCCAUGAAGCUGUGA